GCGGUGGCGCGGCGGCGGCGCAGGCGCGGUGAGGCGGAGGUCGGAGCGCCGCGGGACCGGACAGGAUGGGCACCGUGUACGCCAGAAGCCUGGAUCCUCUCCCCAUUCAUGGGCCGGAGUUCGGGUCGGCGAUGGAUGAGGCAGAAACAAUUGAGGUGGAGCCGGAGAGCAAACAGCAAGUGCUGGAGAAUAAAGAGGUGGUGGUACAGCAUGUCCAUGUUGAUGGAGUGAAGAGAACUAAAGAUGACAUCUUAGCAUACGAGAUAGCUGAUGUCUUCAGAGCUAAAAACCUGAUUGAGGUAAUGAAGAAAUCUCACGAGGCCAGGGAGCGUUUACUUCGGAUGGGCAUUUUCAGACACGUGGAUGUGCUGAUCGACACGGCACACGGUGAGGAAGCUUUGCCUCACGGAUUGGACGUCAUCUUUGAAGUAAAGGAAAUGAGACGAUUAACCGGGAGCUACAACACCAUGGUCGGGAACAACGAAGGAAGCAUGGUACUCGGACUGAAGCUGCCGAAUCUCUUUGGUCGCGCAGAAAAGGUCACGUUCCAGUUCUCCUACGGGACAAAGGAAACCUCCUAUGGCCUCUCAUUCUUUAAACCACAGAUUGGCAACUUUGACAGAAAUUUCUCAAUGAACUUUUAUAAGGUGACCGGACAGUUUCCAUGGAGUUCGAUUCGUGAGACCGACCGAGGAGUGUCAGCGGAGUAUAACAUUCCGUUCUGGAGCACUCAGCACACUCUGAAGUGGGAGGGUGUCUGGCGGGACCUGGGCUGUCUCUCCCGCACUGCAUCCUUCGCCGUCCGGGAAGAAAGUGGCCAUUCUCUCAAAUCUUCCAUUUCGCACGCCAUGGCUAUCGACAGCCGGAAUUCAGCCAUCCUGCCGAAACGAGGUGCCUUGCUUAAAAUAAACCAGGAGCUGGCUGGUUACACAGGAGGUGACGUGAGCUUUCUGAAGGAAGAUUUUGAGCUCCAGUUAAAUAAGGAGCUCCUCUGGGACACUGUGUUGUCAGCCUCUCUGUGGGGUGGCCUGUUAAUACCAAUUGGAGACAAAGGUUCCUCUAUUGCUGACAGGUUUUACCUUGGUGGACCAACAACUGUCCGUGGUUUCAGCAUGUACAGCAUCGGACCACAGAGCGAAGGUGACUACCUUGGGGGAGAGGCAUACUGGGCAGGCGGACUCCAUAUGUACACACCUCUGCCCUUCCGCCCAGGCCAAGGUGGGUUCGGAGACCUGUUCAGAACACACUUCUUCUUGAAUGCCGGAAACCUCUGUAAUCUCAACUAUGGUGAGGGUCCACGUGCACACCUGCAGAAACUGGCUGAAUGCAUCCGCUGGUCCUAUGGAGCAGGCAUCGUCCUGAGACUGGGCAACAUUGCCAGGCUGGAACUAAACUACUGUAUUCCCAUGGGAGUGCAGAGUGGAGAUCGGAUAUGUGACGGCGUGCAGUUUGGAGCAGGGAUCAGGUUCCUAUAAAAUGUGUUUGUCAGAAGCUGCUGCCUACGUGACAUUCAGCUUUCAAGCCCUUCACUGUCGACCUUGUCGUCACCUGGCCUCUAGGCUGAUGUUGUUUCUCUGGAUUUAAAUGAACUUCACUUUUAUUCAGACUUGGAAUAAACAAGUUCUGUCCA